AUGGAUUGGGCCAAUGAAAAUGCGAUAUGCUGUGAAAAUGGAAUCAGCAAUGUAUUCCGAUAUGAGGAGAGACCAACCACUGUGGUAUGGAUAUCUUCGGAUACAGCUAAACAACUGAUAUGGACACUAUCAAAUGACUGCGACUGGAAAAACUGGUUUGAGACUGAAUAUCCAAGGCUUGAUGGGAAGCAUUCAGGGCUAGUUCUAAUUCUAGCAAGGCGAAGCGGCGAACCAAAGAUUGAUCCAGUCAAGAGGGUCGAGUCAGAUGAAUGGAUUAAAUCGAUUAACAAAGCAACAACCGUCGAACCAGCAUCGGCGGAUCGAACUUUUACGGAAAUUGCGAGGAAGUUUUAUAUUCACGAUUCAAUUAUUCGAAUCGUGAGCCGCGCAGAUGUCUCUGAAUUUUCAGCUGCAUCGUUGGAGAUGGGAGAGUCACCUGCUAAUGUGUAUAACAUCCGAACCUCAAACGCCUGGGAUCAGGAUCUUGCAGUAUCAGCGACACACUUCCCGCAUUGCGGCUUAACGUUCGCCAUCAUGUUUGGCUGCACUCUAUCAGUCGAAGCAGAAGUGUUGACACGUCUCACCGCGGCUACCUACGAGAUUUCCCACCCUCUUUUAGUGCCGAGUAUUAUAGUUGAGAUCGAGCGAAAACGCCAUUUGCCUAUCGUUGAAGACACUCUUGAUGAACUUGAAGCACGAAUUCAGGAGCUUGAUGAAGAUCCCGAGUCUCUGCAGGGUGUAGCCGAGGCGGAAAAGACAGCUCGCAAAGAGGCAAAGAGAUCGGCGUGGCUGGAUAUGCUAUACCUCCGCAAUCAGCUGAUAAGUUGGAACACCUGUUUGGAAGCACUAUACAAGCAUAUAAACCUCCUGAACCGCACAAUACCCCAAGAAAAGAACAUGCGGUUUCAGUAUAGGAAUGAGUAUACUGGGGAUUUGGGCGAAGACGAAGGCAGUUUUUCAGAUUUUGACUCGUAUUCGAGUGGCUCGAACAGCGACCUGUCUCUAGCAGAUAUCUCGCCAGAUGCUCAUACAAAGGGCACCAAUAUUUCACAAGUCAUUUACGAAGUGCCACAAGCAUACAGCUAUCCGAAGCCCAAGUCUGAGACUUUGAUGCUUUCAAAAUCGCAUAUGAGACGUACCGGCGCAAAGAUUCGAGGCAGACUCCAGGAGAUUAUAAAAGACUAUAAUGAGAAGAUCCGGGAAUGCACAACCGGGGUUGAGGGUAUGGUCAUGGCGACGCAAUGGGCUCAAGGGGAAACGAACGUGGAAAUAGCACUAGCGACGAGCCAAGACUCUCGGCAUAUGCGCUCUAUCGCCCUCGUUACCAUGAUAUUCUUACCAGGGACAUUCUUUGCAAGCAUAUUCUCGAUGGGGUUCUUUGAAUGGAAGGGUAUGGAUGGGACCGUAGUCGUUUCUCAGUCCUUCUGGAUCUACGUCGUCCUUGCAGCAGGCUUUACAGCUCUUACGGUAGGAGUGUGGUGGUAUCUUGGAGUCUAUCGCUAUAAAAGACAUCGAAGCAUGGUGUCAUCAUUAAGCCAAAGGGGCGCUUCAAACUUGAGACACUUGGGUCUACUACUGGCUCGAAGGCAGCAGUAA